UAUGUGACCUCAUUCCUAGGCCUUCCGUUUCUGUUGGUACCUACUUACUUGCCAACUACCUACCUAAAUCAGUGUGCCUCUCGUUUCCUCGACUCGCUGCAUCGUGAGAGUCCCCACAAUCCACGGUCGAUCGCCAGAUACAUCAGCAAGAGUGCUAAAGCGUGUCCUGUCCUUGUUGCUAGAUGGCUGAGCUGGCUGUCACGUAUCCCUCUCAAGUCGGUUCGGGAGUCCAAUGACUGAGUCCGUCCCAACCUCGUGUUGCUGCUCGGCAAUGCCGACGCAACGAGACCCAGACAGAGGGCAUCGACGCAACCAGCCUCCCGUCAUCUCGGCCCUCGGUUUCAAUGGCUUCUUCCUCCCCUUCUCACUCUACCCUCUCAUCGUCUGUUGUCCUUUUCCCAUCCAUCUGCAUGUCUCCAAAUCUUUGUCGCCAACAUGUUUGCGGAAACUCCAACUCGGAACCAGCCGUUCCAAGUCUCCGGCUCGACUGUUUCGUCUAUUGGGGUGUACCUCCCAGCUCAGAGAGCUCGGUCAACGGUUGACAGGCUUUUCCCAUGUCCCUUUGAGCCAUCUCUUCAGCGCCUCCGCGGGUCGCACGAGUCAGAUGCGCUUCCAACGGACGUUUCUUCCUUGGUCCUUGACCACCUCUCACCCACGGCUUCGGGUCAUAACGAUGAACAGUCAGUCUGAUUUGCUCAAUAUACGGGAAACGAUUUCCUCCCGCCGGUACACUACUAGUAGUCCAUGCCACACCUGUCAACACACCGCCAUGUCACUGGCCACGCAUCAUGAGGGCAGCGGCCAGACAUACCACGUGUGCCUUCGCUGCUCGACUUUUCAUCCAGUUGAGCACCACCUCGUUGGCCCACCGUCUUCAAUCACAGACCUAGCUCGACGCGAUGGCUCGGGCGCCGCCCUCUAUUGGACGCUUUCUGUUUCUUACUUGCCACUUUCAAUGGGCCAGGUCCCAUACACACAGUCCUUGGAACUACAUAGAACGAUCCCUGCGUUUCUCCUUGAUGAUACUUCUCUACCCGUCUAGCGAUCGAUGGCCGCUUUGCCGCGCGCAGCCCACCCAUGUGAGCAACUGGCCGGCCCGUCGCCUGCCGUCGCCCUCCGGAUCCUUGAGUCUCUCUACUACAGCUAUGCCGCGUGCCAUGUUUAAGAAUGAUUGUCUGCAACUGUGGCACCGCCACCUCGACCUCGACAUCCACAUCGCAUCUCUACUGGUACGGUGAUUCCUGUUUCGGCGUGGAACAAAGACAUUGUUACGGCCAGCUCAGUUGUACAUUGCUACGUCAACCGUGCCAUUGAACUCGAGUAAUGGGCGCUUGCUUGGAAGUCCAAGUUUAACACCGCUCGGCCUCAUGGACAACGUCUUUGUCGAA